AUGCUGCGACGAAACCACCCAUGCCGCGUCAUGACACCUCGCCAGGCGCUGCGCGUGCUGUCCCUGUCCCCCACAGCUGACCUCACGCCGGCAUCCAUCAAGAAGGCAUACAUCCAGCAGACGCUCCAGUGCCACCCCGACCUGCACCCGAACAAUCCAAACGCAAACGAGAACUUCCGCAACAUCUCAGACGCCUUUCGUGUCGCCCUUAAGGCGCUGGAGGCACAGCGCUGCAACGGGGCGGCGGCGGGGCGGCGUAGCGCCACCACUGAUUCCGUCGACCUCUACGAUCCGCAGGAAGCGCUGGAGUCGCUGCGGCAGGCGAUGAUCGCCUACCACGCACACCAACAGUCGAGCGAGGCACCAUUCACAUCCCCGCCGUCCUCUCCAUCGUGUGGGAAGGCGGAGAGCCACGCCGCUGGUGCAUUCUUCACGCCGACCCUGGAGGAUGUGUCAUCGGUUUGUCGGCGGGAGGCGGUCGCGAUGCGCCGUGUGCACACCUUCUGCGCUGAGCUUCCCACAAUGUUAUGCGGCAGCCACUCCGCGGCCCUCUUCGAGGCCGUCGCCUUCUUUCACACGCGCUACGUGGAGUCCAUGUCAGCGUGCGUCAUGCGAUUUGCACAAAAUCUGCCCAUUAUUGUGCGCCGUGUUGUGAAGCAGCGCCGCAGGUACGUGGACAACGGGUACUUGGCAGUGGCGCAAGGCAUUGGUACUGGGUCUCGGCCGCGCGGGCAGCGCAUUGAAGACAUGGCGAUGAAGCCCCUGGUGCUGAUGGGUGCGCUCAUAUUUGACCUACCUGAAGGGGCUUCCAAUGAGCGGUGGCAGUGCCUCGGUGAAGAUACGGUGGCGAGCGGCGGCAGCAGCAGCACCUGCGGUGCGUCUUGCCCUGCUGACGUUCGCGUGUCAGAUGAGCUAAAGUGCAUUAUCUAUCCUGUGGACAGCAUCGCCGAUAUCGCAGCCAAACUCGGCAAGUGGGAAGCGGCCAGCUUUGACCGACUGAAGCUGGAGCUGGCGAUCGUGGACGUGAACCGACUGAUGUCGGGUAUGCUGGGGCUGCAGGACGAGGAAAGCAGCGGCCGCUCCGAAGCGCACCUCUCCGUGGCACCGCAGCUGAGUGAAAACAGUGCCGCGGCGGCGAUGGUGUUGCGCACAUUACAGAAGCUUGCCGGCGACCUGUGUUGUCACUUCGACGCUGCUGUCGACAACGGUGCCGUUGCGGAGGCGGUGGAGGAGUCAAUGCGCCUGCAGGACAGUUGCGACACACCAGCCAGCGUGCAGGAUGACAUAGCAGCGCAGUCGCUCGAGACGCCAACACUAGUCGCACAGUGCCGGUGGCUAGCGACGCUGGCCCGUCCAACCAUUCGUGGAAACAUCGUCCUCACCUGGAAAGCAGACGCGACGGACGAGUUGGUGAAGGAUGACACCGAGCUAGCAGACGCCACACCACCGCCAAUGUCGUUGGUGGAUGCAUCUCAAGGAGACAGUGUUGGGAAAGCGACGAAAGGCAGCAAAGACACGCCAGUCUUUUUUGUGGGGCGGCACUUGACUUGCUCCUCCGCUGAGACGCUCCUCUUCUCCGUGUCUGUAACGCUGACAAGAGACCUUCGCGCCUUCCUACUGCGUCUGCGUGGCGCACUGAAGAGGGUGGUGCAGUCCACAAAUCGGUCGAAGCGGGCACUCUUUGAGCUGCUGCCACUGCGCGAAAGAAUUGUGAAGGAGGAGUUCACUCGCAUAGCCUCCGACGACGACGCCGACACAUCACCCUUCUGCUACCGUGGCCCGGUUAACUGUUUCCCACGUGUCUGCAACAUGGACACCCACCGCGAGCACGAGCUGUGGAAGCACCUCUACGUGCACCGCGAGUACCUUGCCAAACACGCCCCUGCAAUGAACCCUCUCAAUGUGUUCUACGAGUGCUUCCCUUACGACCCAGACGCGCCUGCGCACCGGCCGAGCUCUCUCGACGCGGACGACAAGGUGCUGGCGGGGUGGGUGAGCGGCAGCACUGACGGCUGCGACAACGUCAUCCUCACAGCAGCGCAGCUCGACGACCCCGCGCACUUCACCGAAUGGCUGGAAGAGGUGGUGGAGCAGUCGUCGCUCAACCGCGAAACGGAGGAAAUGCUGGCCAAGGCUGGCGUCGGCUACGUCAUCCGUGACCCCGCCUUGCCCCUGGCUAACUAUCUCUCUUUUGUCAAGACAUUCGCACAGUCCACCGCGGUGCGUGCCGUACUGGAGCGCAAAGACGGUGCGCCGCGCAAGGGCACCACCACGCCGGAAGACGUCGGUCUCACCAUCAUCGUCUCACCCUCGCGGUGCGACGUCCGGGACGGCGGCCGCCUUUUCAUCCCAUGGUGCGUCGAUCCUGUCAUCCUGCUCGCUCUCCUCGGCGAGGUCAGGGUGCCGGAGCGGCUUGGCGCUUAG